AUGAAAAAUUCAUUUAUCCAGAAGACAAUCCAGUAAUCAACGAUGCCAUGGUAAGACAAAUGCAAAAUCAUCUGACUGAUUGGUGCCACACGAUGAAGAAACACUGGGUAGAUGUUGGAGGAGAGGUGGACAAUGAGAGAGCGAAGUCAAAACCUUUUGUGUCGAUUACUUCUUCUGAUUGGGCAAUUCUGUGUGAUUUUUGGGCUUCUGAUUCUCACCAGCGUAUAUCGAAGAAAAAUAAAGAAGCUCGAGCUAAAAUGACCAUACCAGGAGGACACGGUUCCAAAUCCAUCGUUGCCCAUGUUUAUGAUCACAUGGACCCAUCUACUGGCCAGCUCCCGAGCAUGAUCGACACAUUCGAGCACCUCCACAAGAAGAAGGAUAAGUGGAUUAGUGAUGCAGCGGCGACAAAACAUGUAAGUUGCAUAACCUUAACUAAUUUAUGAUCAUUUAACUUUA